UUUCCCACCGGCUCCCAUUGAGCUUUCCCGUCCCGCGGCUGCUGGGCUCGCUCGCUCGCUCGCUCGGCUGCGGUGAGUCACUCCGGGAAGGCGGCUCGCUCGGGCUCAGCGACUCCAGCAUGGGCAGCCUGCCGGGGCUCCUCCGCGGGACCUUCCUGGGGCCCGUCUUGCUCCUGCUGCUCCAGACGCUCCGGAGCUCCCAGAGCCACGAAGUUGUCCUGCUGGAUUUUGCCAAGGCCCAGGGGGAUCUCGGAUGGCUCAACCAUCCCUAUGGAAAAGGGUGGGAUCUUCUUCAGAACGUCAUGAAUGAAUCCCUCAUCUACAUUUACUCAGUCUGCAACGUGCAGGAAGGCGAUCAGGAUAACUGGCUGAGGACCAACUGGAUCUACCGAGGGGAAGCCCAGCGUAUUUUCAUCGAAAUCCAGUUCACUGUCCGGGAUUGUAACACCUUCUCACCUGGGACAGGCACCUGCAAGGAGACUUUCAACCUCUUCUACGCGGAGUCGGACGUCGACUACGGCAUCAAUUUCCAGAAGCGCCAGUUCCAAAAGAUCGACACGAUCGCCCCCGACGAGAUCACCGUGCUGGAAGACUUCAGCACCCGCAACGUGAAGAUCAACGUGGAGGAGCGAUCAGUCGGGCCUCUCACCCGGAAGGGCUUCUACGUUGCCUUCCAGGACAUCGGGGCCUGCGUGGCACUGCUCUCCGUCCGAAUCUACUACAAGAAGUGUCCCGGUGUCUUCCGCAAUAUGGCCAGCUUCCCGGAAACCAUUGCCGGGGCCGAUUCGCAAGCCCUGGCCAAGGUGCCCGGCACUUGUGUGGCAGAAGCCGUGGCCACCGAGGAACCCUUCAUGCACUGCAACUUGGACGGAGAGUGGCUGGUGCCUAUUGGCGAGUGCCUUUGCCGACAAGGGUACGAAAAAGACGGGGACAGCUGCAGAGCUUGCUCGCCUGGAUUCUUUAAACAAGACGUCUCCAACAGCGCCUGCUCGAAGUGUCCCGCGCACACGCUCCCUUCUUCGGAAGGAUCCACUUUGUGUCCUUGUGAGGAAGGCUACUUCCGGGCUCCAAGCGAUCCGGUUUCCAUGUCGUGCACAAAGCCCCCCUCUGCUCCUCAGGGGGUGACAGCAAUUGGUCUGGGUGCUAAAGUCCAGCUGCGUUGGUCUCCGCCCAAGAAUACGGGCGGCCGCCAAGAUGUCACCUACCGAGUGUCGUGCGAACAGUGCUGGCCAGACUCGGGGGACUGCCGGUCUUGUGACGCCACGCUGCGAUAUUCAGACAAUCCGCACAAACUCACCGGCACAUCCUUGACGAUUAGUGAUCUGGAGCCACACGUGAACUACACUUUCACCGUGGAAGCUCAUAACGGAGUGUCCUCCUUCAGUACCCAGCGCAGCUACGGAGUCACUAGCAUCAGCGUCAAUCAGACAGAACCACCAAGAGUAACUUCAGUGACCAUGGACAGUCGCACCACUACUAGUUUAACGUUAUCGUGGACUGUCCCUCCUCGGCAACAGAGCCACGUUUGGAAAUACCAGGUUACUUACAAGAAGAAGAAGGAUGAAAACAGUUAUUCCGUCCUGCGCUCUGAAGGGAACUCAGUCACCCUCCAUAAACUGACUCCUAAGACCAGGUAUCUGGUGAGCGUCCAGGCGCUGACUCAGGAGGGCCAUGGAGCCCACAGUGUGGAGCACGAGUUUGAGACGCUUGCUGAAAAUCCAGAGGGCAUGAAUACUGCCGCGGUCCUCGGAGGGUCCAUUGCUGGCGUCAUCUUCAUACUUGCUGUCAUCGUGUUGCUUUUUCUCUUCAUUCGACAGAGGAAAAAGAAUUUGCGAGCCCGCCAGACUUCAGAAGAUGUUUACUUUUCCAAAUCUGAUCAGCUCAAACCCCUGAAGACUUACGUGGAUCCCCACACCUACGAAGACCCCAAUCAGGCGGUCCUGAAGUUCACCACUGAGAUCCACCCUUCCAGCAUUUCCCGACAUAAAGUGAUUGGAGCAGGAGAAUUUGGUGAGGUUUACAAAGGAAUUCUGAAAAGCGGCAAGAAGGAGAGCCCCGUGGCCAUAAAGACGCUGAAAUCCGGUUACACCGAAAAACAACGCAUUGACUUUUUGAGCGAGGCGAGCAUCAUGGGGCAAUUCUGCCACCACAACAUCAUUCAUUUGGAAGGAGUUGUCUCCAAAUAUAAGCCUUUCAUGAUCAUCACCGAAUACAUGGAGAACGGUGCCUUGGAUAAAUUCCUACGGGAAAAAGACGGGGAGUUUUGUGUCAUCCAGUUGGUAGGCAUGUUGAGAGGAAUCGCUUCCGGGAUGAAAUAUUUGGCCAGCAUGAACUACGUCCAUCGGGAUCUGGCCGCCCGCAAUAUCCUCGUGGACAGCCAGCUGGUUUGCAAAGUCUCCGAUUUCGGCCUAUCCCGUGUCCUGGAGGAUGAUCCCGAUGCUACUUAUACCACCAGUGGCGGGAAAAUCCCCAUCCGAUGGACAGCGCCUGAGGCCAUCUCUCAUCGCAAAUUCACUUCUGCCAGCGAUGUCUGGAGCUAUGGAAUCGUCAUGUGGGAAGUGAUGUCCUACGGCGACCGGCCUUACUGGGAGCUCUCCAAUCACGAGGUAAUGAAAGCAAUUAACGAGGGCUUUCGACUCCCUGCCCCCCUGGAGUGUCCUUCUGCCAUCUACCAGCUGAUGAUGCGAUGCUGGCAACAAGAGCGAAGUCAGCGACCGAAAUUCACGGACAUCGUUAGCAUCCUGGACAAGCUCAUCCGCGCUCCUGAGUCGCUCAAGACUUUGGCAGAGUUUGACCCUCGGAUUUCCAUCCGUUUACCCAGCACGAGCGGCUCGGAGGGGGUUCCUUUCCGAACUGUGGCAGAGUGGCUGGAGUCCAUCAAAAUGCACCAGUACACAGAGCACUUCCUAGAGGCUGGGUAUAACGUCAUUGAGAAGGUGGUACAGAUGACCAACGAGGACAUCAAGAGAAUCGGCGUGCGUCUACCAGGACACCAGAAGCGAAUUGCGUACAGCCUCCUAGGACUGAAAGAACAAGUGUCUGCCAUUGGCAUUCCCAUUUAAGCCGGCGAAAUUGCAUCCGAUCUCGGUAGCUUGGGGUUGCCCUUGACGGCUGCUCCGUUCUUUGCCUGCUCGGCCUAGAAACCAUUCGCAAAACAAGACUUCCUGGGUCUAUACUUGAAGUGGAGCAUCGACAAAGAUGCCGGCGGUUAAGCGCCUCUCUUAACUCUUUCACAGCCUCGUAUUUAUUUGCCCGUCUUCUGAUGAAUCUGUUGGGAACGCCAAUGUACCAUUUGAUGGAAGUAUUAUCCAGGACGGUGCCUUAUUUCCUCAAACAGAGUGGCUACGUGGCAUCUUGCCAAAAUCCUGCCUGGAAAGACCCUCAGGCUACUGAAUGUUUAUAAACACCCCCCGGCUCCCCUUCUUUCGUCUCCUUUCUCCAUUGUGCCUCCGGAAACCCUUGACUACUGCAACUGAUCGGGUCCACCGCUUGGCGUGCCGCACUCCUCUCCUGAGUUUGUUCGGGUUUGGGGUUUUGUUUUUCUUCCAAAACAAAAGCCAGCUCCUCCUUUUCACAUUCGAAUACCUUAGGGUCUUUUUCUUUGACGUUAAAAGUGGAGGAGUCCAUAAUUAUAGCUUAUAUAAGGCCUUAGUUUUAAUUUGACUAGCACCGUGCACAUUUAGAAGGCCACGAGAGCUGCUGGAUGUUCUGUUCUUGAUUUUUUUUUUUUUUUUUGCUGCUCUUCGGGCCUCGAAGAGUUUUCCUUCUGUAUUUUUUACUCUUUUUAUUCUUUAAUGAACCUAAUCUGGCACUUCCAAGAGGCUUCACACACAAACUCUGCUCCAGCCUCACCUAAACGGUGGUUUGCCAAGAGUAACGCAGAGACCAACUCUUCCGCAAGCCAGAUCAUUGUUAUUUAUUCACCCUUCCUUUCAAACUGCUUCGUAAAUGCACUCUUGACUUCUGGGCAGUUAUUCUUCCUUCAUAACAAUAUUUCAUUAUUCAUGUUAAUUUAUUUUUAUAUUUAUUACUUUUUUUAAAAAAAAGAAAAAAGAAUUGUUUCAAUAUUAAAACGUAAUGCGUAUUUUUUAAAAGAAAAGAAUUUUACUUUUUGUCUGGGCAUAAAAUGAUUCUCUAGCUUAAAUAAAAUAAAUGUUUUUAUUCUUUUCCGA